AUGAAGGAAGGAAUAUCAUCAUCUCCUUCUCCAUUGGACAAAUUUACUAGAAAAAUAUCAAUUGGAUUAUUAGUAGUAAUAUUAAUUGAAUGGGCUGGUUUAUUAAUUUGCCAUAACUUUACGAACCAACAUUUGUCCAUUUGGCAAACCUUUGGACAAAAUAUACAGUCCAAUGACAAGAAUGUAUUUGUUCCACCACUCCCUAUUCGUAGUCCACACCUCUACGAUGAAAUGAUCAGCAUUGGAAUGACACAAAACAAUCAAUCCUCCACCACUCCCAUCAUCAACCAAGACAUUUGGUACUACCAAACAUACCAGUUCUUCCCAUACAGCUUUUCAUCCAAAUACAUCUUUUCAACCAUUGAAUACCAACAAAAGUACAGUGACGCCAUUGAAUAUAAAACUGAUUAUAUCGGUCCUGAUAUGCCAAGAUUUAAUGCUCUAAGAAUUUCAUCUUAUGUUGGAUGGGUAUUGGCUACAUUCUUUAUUGCAUUGUAUACAUUGGUUCUAUUUUAUGAUAUUCGUCAAAGAAAGUUGGGAGUUGAAGGUAAAAUCUACAAAACCAAAAUAACAUUGGUAUUGGUAUUGAUUCCAGUCAUUCUCUUUACCAUUUUGGUAUUGUGUACUACUGUUGGCACCAUUUCAGCUCUACGUGGUGAUUUAUCUCAUCACCCAAUUUGCAAACGUAAUGGAAAAUAUCAUAAUUUCUGUCGUAGUCUAUGUGGUGAAAAUAAUGAUUAUAAAGGUUUCCUUUCAAUCUCAUGGAAUUUUAGUAAUUUUGCAAUCUUCCAUAUCUUAUUAUUAUUGGUACAUAUUGUUUAUUUCUUAAUUCAUUGUUUAGUAAUGCGUGCCUAUAAACGUAGAGAUGGCGGUCUCAUCAUCCCUAAUCUAUCACCAUUUAGCAAGGCUGAUGAACUUGAAAAACAAGAAAAGGAAAAGAUCGAAAAGGAAUCAAAUAAUCAAAAUAAUCAAAAUAAUAAUAACAAUAACAAUAAUAAUAAUGUAGAAUGUAGUAUAGAAAUUGAUGACCAACAUGUUGGUGAUGGUGCAAACUAA